CUUCUUUUUAUAGGAGUUAUAAGUGUCUGUCAGGCACAUUACUGAACAGAGACACCAUCCAGGUUUGAUUUUACUCCCGAUUUUAUUAAUAAGAAGCUAUCUACAUCCUUGUUACAAGAUGAACAUAAAUGCAGUGAUCCGUUUGAUGUCAUUGCUGUCUCUCUGGAUGCGGACCGGAGAAGGUCAGAUAUUCCAGCCUGAGCUCACACCCAAUACUUUCCUAGCCAGGAUCACCAGCAAUACAGUGAUGCUGAAGCAGCCGUAUUGUGUAUUUGAUCAGACAUGCCCUGACUGUGAGAUAUGGCUGGUGGCUGGGCUGUGCUCAGCAAACGCCAUCUUUGAUGCUCAAGUGAACAGCUCAACUCCCAACAUCCUCAGCUUGUCACCCUACCCAACAGCAUUCAACUCAUCAUCAAACAACUUCUUUCUGACCAGAGUUGGACUUCUGUCAGAUUUCCCCUGUAAUCAGUCCUCCAAUGAUCAGUACUUCGUAGUUGGAGCUGAUGGGAAAUGUAGUGGCAUCAACUGUAAUGGAGAACUUCCUGAUGGAUUCUCCGUUUGUUUCAAGUAUCUUCUAAUCUAUACUAAUGAGACUCUUGUUAAUUCAUCGAACUGGUCUGUCAACAUUGAUCUCCCCAAACUACUAAACCUUCACAACAUUAAUGAUGGUCUGAGUGCGAGAUCUGGUGCCAUGGUUGUUAUUACUUCCAUCCUGUGUGCGGCUGUGGCUCUGCUUUUACUUCUUUUCUUCAUCAUGUUAUGCAUAACCUGCUGUACCAAGAAAGAGAGUAAGGAAAUCUCAGUCACGAACUCAAUCCGUAUCCCGCGCUAUGACACCCACGACCUAAAGAACCGCGUGCACCCCUACGACAACCCUGCUUACCAGUCAGACUUUAAAAAUUACUCCACAGCCAACACUCUGCCCAAGGAUGUCACACAAAAGCUGUGAGCUACCAAAGACACCAUCACUGCACUGCAUAUU